AACUAUAACCCUUUUUAAAAAUAUGUUUACGAUUAUGGUAAGAUACUAUGGACCAAAAGUCAUAUGAUAAAAUAAACAAUCAAAAACAUUGAGAUUACGGCAACUCUAUUUUCUUAGCAACUGUCAAAUUUUUAACAGUGACUCUCAAACUGCUUUUGUUUACAUCGUAAGUUAUUUGGUUGUCAAAGAAUCAGCUAUACUUCAUAUAUUGCUUUGCAUUAUUUCCUUCGGUCUACAAUUUGUUCCAAGCAGACAAGUGGUGUCUGACAAGUCGAUCAGUCGUGUGAAAAUUAAGUGUUCCUAACACUCGCCAAAUUAGUGUACUUAUUUAAGAUACUUCAUCAUUUAAAUGCCAGUGAUGAAUAACAUGGAAGAAUUGUGUUCUAUACUUGCGAAAACGCGUGAUCCAUCAGCGCAAAAGGAACAAGAUGAGAUUCUGUUGCAGCCCUUCGCCUACAUACAACAGAUACCAGGCAAACAAUUUCGCUCUGAAUUGGCCUUGGCAUUCAAUCAUUGGCUAAAUAUUCCGGCUGAGAAAUUACACCAGAUUGGGGAAAUUGUGCAAAUGCUGCACAAUUCCAGUUUAUUAAUUGAUGAUAUUGAAGACAAUUCAAUACUUCGCAGAGGUGUUCCCGUAGCGCAUUCGAUUUACGGUGUACCCAGCACCAUCAAUGCAGCGAAUUAUGUGCUCUUCCUGUCGCUACAAAAGGUGCAACAGUUGGGCCAUCCAGAGGCUACCAAUGUCUACACGGAACAACUGCUGGAAUUGCAUCGUGGUCAGGGCAUGGAAAUCUAUUGGCGCGAUAACUUCACUUGUCCAUCCGAAUCGGAUUACAAGCUAAUGACCAUACGCAAGACGGGCGGUCUAUUCAUGCUUGCCAUACGUUUGAUGCAGCUGUUUAGCGAGAAUAAGGAGGACUUCACCAAGCUGACCGCCAUACUGGGCUUGUAUUUUCAGAUACGCGAUGACUACUGUAAUCUCAGCUUGAAAGAGUAUACGCAAAAUAAAAGCUUCGCUGAGGACUUGACAGAGGGGAAAUUCGGUUUUCCCGUUAUACAUGCCGUACGUUCGCAGAAGCAUGAUAAGCAGGUUUUGCAUAUUCUGCGUCAACGCACUCAGGACAUAGAAGUUAAGAAAUACUGCAUUGGUUUGCUGGAGAAGCUAGGCAGCUUUCAGUACACGCGGGAAGUAUUGGAGUCGCUCGACAAGGAAGCGAGAGCCGAGGUCGCACGCCUGGGCAGUAAUCCCUACAUGGAUAUGUUGUUGAACAAGUUGUUGUCUUGGAAAUCAAACGAGAAUCACACCAAUCACAAUGACUUGCCAUCGCCGAGCAAUCACAACAGCAAUUAACAACCAAAAAGGCAAAAGAGGGAAACUUGAAUUGACGCAACAGUUAAUUCCACACCCUCUUUUGCUGCUAAGAGUGAAAUGAAUCUGAUAGAAGUUUUCUUGCAAAAACUUAAUAUUUUUUAAAAUAUUCAACAAGCGCCUAUUAAAGCCUAAAUUAAAUAUUAAUUUUAAAUUAUCACAUUUACACCAACAACACACGGAAAGCAAAAGCGAGGAGUAGGAGCAUACGAUCCACAAUUUCUGGUACACUCAAGCGCCUAAAAUAGAUUUUUAAACAAAACUAUAUACAUAUAUACAUGCAUAGUUGUAUUCUCGAAAUAACAUAACAUAACGCAUGGACCAUGUAAAUAAUAAUAUAGAAAAUAAGCAGGCUUCAAAAAAAGUAUCGAUGUUCGAAAUUUUGUAUUUCGAUUUUUGUUGUUUUAAUAAUUUGCAUAAUAACAGCAUUUUAUGAAUUCAACUAUAUUUUUUAUAUUUUUAAGCCAAACAACUUUUUUGUAUUUUGGUUAUUAUAUUAUGUAGUAGUAUUAUGUUUUGAGAACUUAUUUGCGCUAUUUAUGAAGGAAAGUUUGUGAAACAUUUUUUAAUAUGCAAUUUGUUAAGGCAUUUCGAUUCUACAUGAUAUACACUUAUAUUGUUGUAAUGCGUGUUAAAUUUUUAAUAAUACUUGUUGAAAACGUAUUGAUUGUAAGCAAAAUAAUUCCAAUUCUCUUUAAGUACUCGCGUGUGUACUUAAGAUUCUAAAUCGAUGUAUUUAACUUGAAUUAAGCAAUUUUUUAUUAAAAAUUAAGGAGAAAGUUAUUAAAAUGCAAAAGAAAAAAAAUCACUAAUUGAAUUGACUUAAAAUUCGCACGUUUAAAAAUAUAUUGUUAUCGUAAUAACCAUAAAACAAAUGCAUACUUAAGUACACAUACACAAUCACAUGCACGCAAUAUAGUGAUUAUGGCUGAGGCUUGCUAAAUAAUGGUUUAGCUUAACAUUCAUUUAUAAUAAAUUCAAAUAACUGAUUUCAUUGUUAAAAUAUUAUAAAUAAUGGCCAUCGUAUUUUUUUUGUUUGAUUUUAAUUUUUAGUUAUAUAUAAUACUACAAUAUUUUGUGUAGGCCUCAGUCAACUUAUCACACACAACAGCACUCACAUACAAGUAAAGACUUGCAGAAAUGUUUGUAAAGCAUAAACAAAUAUUUUAAAUAACAAAAGUAAUUUAUAUGUAUUCGCAAUAUUAUAUAUAUACAUAUAUAUACAUUUAUAACUGGACGCACGGCUGGAGAAUGUUAACUUUUUUCAAAUGAAAUGCACUGCAGUUUAUUGCACAUUGCACCACCUAAAGUAUAUAAGUAUACAUACAUAUACAUAUAUUAAUAUUAAUUAAUACAUAAAUAAAUAUAUUUUUAUUCAUAUAAGUAUUAAAUACUUGCUACAGAGAGAAUUUAUGAAAUUUACGGAGUACAGCCUAUUGUAAACAAAGAAAAUAAUUAUGAGAUUGAAAGUAAUAAAUUUAAAACUGAUAAAAAAUAAAAUGUAUGCAUAUUUCAUUUAUAAACAAGAAAUGGCGAACAAAGUAUAAAAAAGAUGCAAUUUCAUAAGAAAUUAUAAUUCAUACUAAACACUGCUAAGCCUUGCAAAUGUAAAUGCGGGUUUUUCAUAAGUGUUUUUCGAACAUAACCUAGAAAAAGAAUUUUUGCUUUCAUUUCAUUUAUAAGCAAGAAUUUGCAACCGAAGUGUUAAAAAUAUGCAAUCUUUUAAGAGAUUGUAGCACACAUUAAUCACACAGGUCUUGAAAAAAAAAAAAUAUUGAUUUUUUAUAAGACUGUAACCUCACUUUUCGUGCUAUAAUAGUUAAAUCCGAUUACUAAUUGUAAGCGAAAUUGAAAUUCAUGUUUUCAAUGCAUUCUGUAUUGUGUAUUGGAAUCAUUUAAUUACAUAUUGUAUACAUAACUAACUAUAAGUUUACAUGCAAUACAAAUAUUUUUUAGUAAACAUUUAUAAAUUUUAUUUUCUAUCUCACAAGUAAUUAUUCAUAUCUAUGUAUUGUAUAUAUUUACGUACUUCACAUAUUAUAUAUGCGUAUAUCUAUAUUAUAUUAUUUAUAUUUACUAUAUUAUAUUCAUUGAUAUUAUUUAUUGUUUUUUCUUAGUAUUUCGCUUAAAUAAUAUAUACUUAAUUUAGACAAUAAUUUAAAGCAUAUUUGUUUUACAUUUACUACUAACCAACAAAUAUAAAAAUGUUUCUUUUUUAUAUUAGAUAUUUAUUUAUUUUUGUUAAAUUAAGUAUUAUGAAUGAAGAUACAUUUAUAACAGUAAAAUUUGUGCAAUUAUACGACUAUCUUUCUCACUAUAAGCACAUACAUAUGUUGGUAUGUAUUCAUUUACCAAGCAUUAUAUAUAUACUUUUAUAUAUUUUUAUAGUACACCUUUGCUUUAUAAGCAUUCAUACGUAUAUAUGUGUGUUUUAUUGUUUCAUUUGCAUAUAAAUAAACAUAAUUAGCGUAGCAUAGCACAGCUUGUAUUUAUAUAAUUGUAGUCACAAAGCGCAUAACAUUUGAUAACUGCAACUACAAUAUUUGAAACAGCGUCACAACAAAAACAAUUUGUUUACAGAUAUAUACGUCAAUAUUGUUUAAUUUAUUUUUCCGUUUUAUGCUUGUGUUCAGCUAUCUAUAACUAUUUUUUAUACAUUGUUAAUUUAAUUUAAGGAAGUAUACACAUACACAUAGUCUAGGAAAAUUAGCAAGUUUUGUUUUUAUAAUUUUAAAUUCGUUUUUGAACGUGUAAUAUAUUCGUACAUAAAUAUUAUAUGUAUAUUUUGUAACUUUAAAGUAAUUAAGUGCACAUACUUAGCAUAUAUUCCUGUAAUUUCAAGUUUUACUCUUUAGUUUAGGCGAUAAACAUUUUUAGGUGUUAACAUCACUUAGUAUACACUGUUAAUUUGUUAUAUGUGGUAUAUAGCAUCAUAUAUAUCAUAUAUCAGAAAUUUAUUAGUUUUAUUGUAUGUUGGAUAGAGUUUAAGUUAUAGUUUCAUAAAAUAUUCAAUAUAAUAAACAUUUUUUAUAAGCAACUCGUAUACAUAUAUUUAUAUUAGUAAAUAAUAUAUUAAUUACGUAUAUAUGUAUGUAGCUGUAUAAAUUUAAAUUUUAUUUUUAUUAUUACGUAGAGACAUUUUUUUGUGGAAAUUCCGUUCAUUUUACUUUUAAUUUUUAUACAAAUUUCUAUUGUUCCCUCCAACACAACCACUCAUUCAUUUCAAAUUUAUAAGUCACCUUAUAUAUAAUAUUUUAAAGAAUAUUUGGCAGAAAAUGCAACGAAAAUGUAUGUAUGUAAGUAUGCAAGAAUGUAUGUACAAAUGUAUUUGUAAAACAAUAACCUCACAAGAUAACGUUGUUGCUACGCCGUAGCCCCAGCGUCGGCCUCAUUGUAGCUAAAUCGCAGUUAACCUUAGCCACACUAAACUAUAUGUGUUCUUCUAAUGAGACUUACUUCAAACUGUGACAAAAUACUCGAAUUUGUUGCUUAUCUUGCUAAAUGAAGUAUGACAAUUGCCUUUUUCAUACUAUUGCUCUGUGGCGUCGUAUAGCGCGAUACACUUUAGCUGAUUUCCUCCGACAUGAAAAAAUCACAUACAAAAUAUAGCACGGCGGAAAAUUGGACUUAUUUUUGAGGCACAACACUUUUUACUAUAUAAUUACGGUUGAAAUUUUUUAAUUACCACAAUAUCUAAUGCGAAAUUCACAAUUUUAAAUUGCCAGUACGAAGUAGAGCGAAAACUGUUGAAGAAGCGCGAACGAUAAUUAACGGUUCAGAUGACGUUUCAAGUUUGCUGAACACAGGGUGCACAUGCGAUUCAAUUAUUUUCAUGUAUAAUUAUUUAGAACUAAUUAUAUAAAUAUAUUUUUUGUUAUUAAAUUUAAUAAAAAGUAAAAUUUAAAGGUAUUUAUGGGUAAAUAAAAACUUUCUUUUUAAUUGUUAUAGUUUAAUCUGUGUACAGAAAUUCGCUUAUGUAUGUGUGCAUUUUAAAAUAUACAAAAUAAUUUGCAAUAAUAAAAUUAACGACAUAAAUAGUUUUAAAAUUUGUUUGAAGCUGUUGAUGUAUGUAAAAUACAAUAGUUAAGCUUUUGCAUAAAAUAUAUUAAUAUUUUAAUUUCUGUAACAGCAUGCUAACGAUAGCCGAAAAUUUUCUUAAACUUCCUGCCAUUCUGUGUUUAUUCAGCUUCGUUCGCCAAAGCUUCCGCUAGCUGUCAGUUUCCGUCAAGUGAAAAUUUAUAAUAUUUUACAGUAUGUAAAAAUUAAAAAAGUCUCUAAAAAUUAAAUUUGUGUAUUCAAUUUAGGUGAACAUUUUUGGUGUUGCUAUUAUUAUAUAUAAAAAGUUGUGCGCGUUUUCAAUCGUGUGGUAGUUAAAAAGUAUUCCUGGAUGUGUUUUUUUUAGCUCAAUUUUGUGAAUAAAAAAGUGAGUGUGUUUGACUGUGGGAGCACCGGAUGCAAAUCCGUUAAAAAGUUUCUGGUGAUUCGUAAAUUGUGAGUUGAGGUGAAGCGCAGUGCUGGUAUUUUCAAUAUUUCAAGUGCAAUGUCUUUGCAAAAGUUGAGCUCAACAAGUCUUUGACAUUAGACCAACCCUAUUAAUUGCAUAUCGUUUCGUUUGAAUUGAUUUCAUCGCGCAUCCAUAACGCCGCAGCAGCUGCAAAUGCGAAAUGCGAAUGAAAAAUGUGCCGAGGCGUUAAAGCCAGGAAGCGGGCAUAUAGCGAAAAUCUGUGUCAGAGCCAAUAAGUGGAAAACAGCGAGGCGGAAACAACAUUUUCGCAACGUAUGGACUCAUAUUUCUACAUAGCUGGAGUGUGUGUGUUAUAAGAUUGCAGGCAUAUGACAGAGUCGUUGCGGUGCAAUGCCAAACAAUGUUAUUGUGUUAAGCGGGUGUUGCCAGGCGAUAGCCUGACUUGAUGGCAUAAGCAAAUGAAGCAUUAAAUGCAUGAAUUUGUUCGCAAAUUUAAUACAUGUAAGGAGAAAAAUGAAGAAGAAGAAAAUAGAAGGAGCAGGUGUGAGAAGGAUUUGAAUAUUCAAUUUUUUUAUUGUCGGUUUUCAAGUUUUCACUUCAGAUCACCAAUAUCAAGAAAUUGUGUUGUGAGCUUUGUUGUAUUUAAGGAAUUAAAGUACAUAAUAUAAUGCGUAUACUUGAUUUAACACGAGCCACAAAAAUGUUCCCUAAUAAAUUUUUCAAAGAAAUGAAGAAGAACUCGCAUGUCUAGAAGAGUCACUUUGGGCGUUGUUUUUCAACUUAAAUAAAGGCGAGCGGACCAAAAGGCAUUUUCUGACUUAGUGUAAAUGACGUUUUCUAUAAAAAAGAAAUAAAAAUAUGCAAAAUAAUUUAUCAGCAGUGGACGCCUGACCAAGCGCAACAUAUCCCUUUUGAACCAGCACAAUUCUCGAAAAAAAAUUGUCGCGCGCAUCAAUGAAGAGCUUGGAUCUCAGCGAUCAAAAUCAAAGUUUUCAUGCAUAUCGGCUGCCUUUUAUACAACAACAAUAAAAAAUAACACAUGAAAUUGGAUUCCACUCACUCAAAAAAUAAAAAAUUUAAAUAAAACUGAAAACAGCUGCUAUGAAAACUACAACAACAAAGCGGCAUUGAAACGCCGAAACACACAACAACAACAACCAUUUCAUCAAAACUCCACAAAAAUCAAAGUCAAUCAGUGAAAUUGGUUAAUGUCAAAAAAAUUCCGCACUCAACGCUCACUCAAAAAGCUGACAGUUGACGACAAAAUUAAUGAAAUGCUUUUCGCACAAAAAAUACAAAAAAUUGGAUGCCACUUACUUGUAUAUUGGUAUUAAAAUGCGAAAUUAACGAAAAUAUAAUUCGACCAAACACACUUGAA